AUGCAGGCGGCGGACGUGGCCGCCGCGCCCGCGCCGACGCGGCUGCGCGGCUACCAGGAGCGGCUCGUGGCCGAGUGCGCGGGCCGGCGCUCCAUCGUCGUGCUGCCGACGGGCGCGGGCAAGACGCUGAUCGCGGCGGAGCUGGCGCGGGCCUCGCUGCCGGCACGCGCGGUGCGGGCGUGGACUGGCCUGCGCGUCGGCGAAUACCACGGCGAAUUGCAGCUCCCCGCGGAGUGGGACGUCCUGGUCGCGACCCCAGCCGCCUUCGCCAGCGCGCAGGCCAAGCGCACCGAACUCGCGUGGUCGAGCUUCAAGCUGGUCAUCUUCGACGAGGUGCACCACGUCCUGAAAGACCACCCGUACCGCAAGCUCGCGCUGCGCCUGCGGGACGCGCCCGCCUGCGUGCUCGGGCUCACCGCGUCCCUGACGUACGCGGUGGGCGACGCGGCCGUCACGGCCGCAGUCCAGAAGCUCACGAGCGAGCUCCGCAUCGAGCACAUGGCGAUGGCCUCCGUGGCCGAGAUGCGCGCCGACGGGUACCACGGGGACGCGGCGGAGGCGGACGUGCUCUCCGCGCCCGGCUGGCCGCCAGCAGGCGUCGUGCCAGCCGCGGACCGCAAGCCGCACAAGAUGAGCCCGGUCUUCUUCGCGCGGCUCAAGGACGGCACCGCCACGGCGCCGGCGCUGGGCCUCUACCGCUGCGUCCGGGCCAUGGAGGCCGCCGUGGCGCUGGUGGAUCGCGGCUUCUCGUCGCCGCUGGGGCGGCCCGUCAAGGAGUGGGGCGCCUACGCGCACGGCCGCGCCGGCCCGCUGUACGCGGACCUCGAGCAGUGGUACGAGGCGCUGCGCGUCUUGUGCGUGUCGUGGGAGGAGGGCGCCGACGCGGCCGCGACCUUCCUCCGCAUGCGCGGCUGCGAGGCGGCGGAGGCCUGGCCCGACACCGUGCAGGCCGAGGUGCGCGCCUUCUGGGCCGCCACGCCAGCAGAGUUCCCGCGGUUCCUGCACCUGAAAACGGCGCUCCUGCGGGAGCACGGGCGCACCGAGAGCUUCCGCGGCCUGCUCUUCGUGCAGCAGCGGGUCACGACGCACGUCCUCGAGUAUUUUCUCCAGCGCGACGCCUCGCUGCGCGAGCGCUUCCGCCCCGCGUGCCUCUACGCAACAACCUCGCCCGCCACCGCCUCCCUCGCCGUGAGCCCGGCGCAGGCCCGGGCGCGCGUGGCGGCAUUCGCGGCAGGCGAGGUCAAUCUGCUGAUCGCGACCGCCGUCGCCGAGGAGGGCAUGGACGUCCCCGCGGCCAACUGCGUGCUGCGCUUCGACCCGAUGCUCACGCCCGUGUCCUUGACGCAGAGCCGAGGCCGCGCGCGCCAGGCGGGGAGCAGCUUCGUCGUGCUCAGCGAGCGGCCCGACCGCCCGGCCCGCGCCCUGGCUGCGGCAGAGCAGCAGCAGCAGCGCAUCGUCGAGGCGUUCGAGCCCGGCGCAGGCCCGGACCCUGCGAAGGUCCGUGCGGCGCAGGAGGCCCGGGAGCGCGGUGCGGCGCAGGGCCUGGCGAAGGACGACCCGCCGUUGGCCGUCCUCAACCUGUACUGCAAGAGGACCAAGGUGGACCUCGUGGAGACCUGGCGAGCGGGCGCCUGCGAGCUGGUCUACGCCUCCACCUUGCGCACCGUCACCGCCGUCGGCACGGGGGCGGACAAGAAGGCCGCUAAGCGAGACGCAGCGGCGAGCUUGGUCGCCCAGCUCCGCAGCUGA